AUGAACUCUCCCACCGAGUCGGCAGAUGGGAUGCCAGGCCGGGAACCAGCCUUGGAAAUCCUGCCUCGGACCCCUCUGCACGGCAUCCCUGUGACAGUAGAGGUGAAGCCGGUGCUGCCAGGAGCCAUGCCCAGCUCCAUGGGGGGCGGGGGAGGAGGCAGCCCCAGCCCCGUGGAGCUUCGGGGGGCUCUGGCAGGCCCCGUGGACCCCGCGCUGCGGGAGCAGCAACUGCAGCAGGAGCUCCUGGCGCUCAAGCAGCAGCAGCAGCUGCAGAAGCAGCUCCUGUUCGCUGAGUUCCAGAAACAGCAUGACCACCUGACCCGGCAGCAUGAAGUCCAGCUGCAGAAGCACCUCAAGCAGCAGCAGGAGAUGCUGGCAGCGAAGAGGCAGCAGGAGCUGGAGCAGCAGCGGCAGCGGGAGCAGCAGCGGCAGGAGGAGUUGGAGAAGCAGCGGCUCGAGCAGCAGCUGCUCAUCCUUCGAAACAAGGAGAAGAGCAAAGAGAGUGCCAUCGCCAGCACUGAGGUGAAGCUACGGCUCCAGGAAUUCCUCCUGUCGAAGUCAAAGGAGCCCACACCAGGCGGCCUCAACCAUUCCCUCCCACAGCAUCCCAAAUGCUGGGGAACCCACCAUGCUUCUUUGGACCAGAGUUCCCCUCCCCAGAGCGGCCCUCCUGGGACGCCUCCCUCCUAUAAACUGCCUUUGCUUGGGCCCUACGACAGCCGCGAUGACUUCCCCCUCCGCAAAACAGCCUCCGAACCCAACUUAAAAGUACGUUCGAGGCUAAAGCAGAAGGUGGCCGAGCGGAGAAGCAGUCCCCUCUUGCGUCGCAAGGACGGGACUGUCAUUAGCACCUUUAAGAAGAGAGCUGUUGAGAUCACAGUGUCCGCCGUGUGUAACAGCGCGCCAGGCUCUGGCCCCAGCUCUCCCAACAGCUCCCACAGCACCAUCGCGGAGAAUGGCUUUACGGGCUCGGUUCCCAACAUCCCCACCGAGAUGCUCCCCCAGCACCGGGCCCUCCCUCCGGACACCUCCCCCAACCAGUUCAGCCUCUACACGUCUCCCUCUCUGCCCAACAUCUCCCUAGGGCUGCAGGCCACGGUCACUGUCACCAACUCGCACCUCACCGCCUCCCCGAAGCUGUCGACGCAGCAGGAGGCCGAGAGGCAGGCCCUCCAGUCCCUGAGGCAGGGCGGUGCACUGACUGGCAAGUUUAUGAGCACAUCCUCCAUCCCCGGCUGCCUGCUGGGCGUGGCACUGGAGGGCGACUCGAGCCCCCAUGGGCAUGCCUCACUGCUGCAGCAUGUGCUGCUGCUGGAACAAGCCCGGCAGCAGAGCACCCUCAUUGCUGUGCCGCUCCACGGGCAGUCCCCGCUGGUGACGGGUGAGCGCGUGGCCACCAGCAUGCGGACAGUGGGCAAGCUCCCGCGGCACCGGCCCCUGAGCCGCACCCAGUCCUCGCCGCUGCCCCAGAGCCCCCAGGCCCUGCAGCAGCUGGUCAUGCAGCAGCAGCACCAGCAGUUCCUGGAGAAGCAGAAGCAGCAGCAACUGCAGCUGGGCAAGAUCCUUACCAAGACAGGGGAGCUGCCACGGCAGCCCACCACCCACCCCGAGGAGACGGAGGAGGAGCUGACGGAGCAGCAGGAGGCCUUGCUGGGGGAGGGAGCCCUGACCAUACCCCGAGAAGGCUCCACGGAGAGUGAGAGCACCCAGGAAGACCUGGAAGAGGAGGAAGAGGAGGAGGAGGAAGAGGAGGAGGAGGAGGAGGACUGCAUCCAGGUCAAGGACGAGGAGCGCGAGAGCGGUGCUGAAGAGGGGCCCGACUUGGAGGAGUCCAGUGCUGGUUACAAAAAGGCAUUUGCAGACACCCAGCAGCUGCAGCCGCUGCAGGUGUACCAGGCACCCCUCAGCCUGGCCACUGUGCCCCACCAGGCCCUGGGCCGCACCCAGUCCUCACCUGCUGCCCCUGGGGGCAUGAAGAGCCCCCCAGACCAGCCCACCAAGCACCUCUUCACCACAGGUGUGGUCUACGACACGUUCAUGCUGAAGCACCAGUGCAUGUGCGGGAACACACACGUGCACCCCGAGCAUGCUGGCCGGAUCCAGAGCAUCUGGUCCCGGCUGCAGGAGACAGGCCUGCUCAGCAAGUGUGAGCGGAUCCGGGGUCGUAAAGCCACGCUGGACGAGAUCCAGACGGUGCACUCUGAGUACCACACCCUGCUCUACGGUACCAGCCCCCUCAACCGGCAGAAGCUGGACAGCAAGAAGCUGCUCGGCCCCAUCAGCCAGAAGAUGUACGCCAUGCUGCCUUGUGGGGGCAUUGGGGUGGACAGCGACACUGUGUGGAAUGAGAUGCACUCCUCCAGUGCCGUGCGCAUGGCGGUGGGCUGCCUGGUGGAGCUGGCAUUCAAGGUGGCCGCAGGGGAGCUCAAGAAUGGAUUUGCCAUCAUCCGGCCCCCAGGACACCACGCAGAGGAAUCCACAGCCAUGGGAUUCUGCUUCUUCAACUCAGUAGCUAUCACAACCAAGCUCCUGCAGCAGAAGUUGAACGUGGGCAAGGUUCUCAUCGUGGACUGGGACAUUCACCACGGCAAUGGCACCCAGCAAGCAUUUUACAACGAUCCCUCUGUGCUCUACAUCUCCCUGCAUCGCUAUGACAACGGGAACUUCUUUCCGGGCUCCGGGGCUCCUGAAGAGGUUGGCGGAGGGCCGGGCGUGGGGUACAAUGUGAACGUGGCAUGGACGGGAGGUGUGGAUCCCCCCAUCGGAGACGUGGAGUACCUCACAGCCUUCAGGACAGUGGUGAUGCCCAUUGCCCACGAGUUCUCACCUGAUGUGGUCCUGGUCUCCGCUGGCUUUGAUGCUGUUGAGGGACACCUGUCUCCGCUGGGUGGCUACUCUGUCACCGCCAGAUGUUUUGGCCAUUUGACCAGGCAGCUGAUGACGCUGGCAGGGGGCCGGGUGGUGCUGGCCCUGGAGGGAGGCCACGACCUGACCGCCAUCUGUGAUGCCUCUGAGGCCUGUGUCUCGGCACUGCUCAGCGUGGAGCUGCAGCCCUUGGACGAGGCAGUCUUGCAGCAAAAGCCCAACAUCAACGCAGUGGCCACGCUGGAGAAAGUCAUUGAGAUCCAGAGCAAACACUGGAGCUGUGUGCAGAGGUUCGCUGCUGGCCUAGGCCGUUCCCUGCGGGAGGCCCAGGCAGGUGAGACAGAGGAGGCUGAGACUGUGAGCGCCAUGGCCUUGCUGUCGGUGGGGGCAGAGCAGGCCCAGGCGGCUGCAGCCCGGGAGCACAGCCCCAGGCCGGCAGAGGAGCCCAUGGAACAGGAGCCUGCCCUGUGA